ACCUGGAAACAGCGCCACAAUUUAUUUUCGAGUUGUUGCGUUUGCUGAAUGCGUUUGGCUUGUAUUUCAUUGUUUAUUGACAACAACGGGUAUUUCUCCGUUUUCUGACACGCUAAACGAGUUCAAUUAUUAACUCGCGGGUCGUUACACGCGGCUUGGCGCGGUUAAUACCGCUCGGAGAACUGGAAGGACAGUUUUUACACAUUUGCGGUCCGUCCCCACGCUCACACCCAUCUGGACUUAAAAGUGUUUCGAUUAAAAACACGACGAAGGCAUGAGCGAAGCGUUCAAACAGCCUAAAGGAUGAAUCGUGUACAAGUGGAUUUUAAAGGGUUGCCAGCCCACAUCUUGGAGAACAGUGUUAGAGUAGAAACCUUUCAAAACCUAAGGUCAUCGGACAAUGUCCUUACUCCACUGACAUUCCCAAAAUCUAAAGUCUCUCUCUGGGAUCCUUCUCCCAGUGGGGAUGUUGUCAGUCUACAUUUUUCAUAUUACAGAAACCCGAGACUGUUACUUGUGGAAAAAGCAUUACGUUUAGCUCACCGGCAUGCUAGACAGACAAACAAGCCUCGGUUUUUCUGUUUCCUGCUUGGGACGCUGGCAGUAGACAGUGAUGAGGAAGGGGUGACGAUAACCCUGGAUCGUUUUGAUCCGGGCAGAGAGCAGACGGGAUGUCCUGGGAAAGCACCAACUGCCCUACUCCCCGGAGACAUCCUUGUGCCAUGUGUAUUUGAAGCCCAGCAUGCUACUGGCAGCACAGUGCACUCGAGGGAGGAUUUGAACGUCUCGUUUAAGAUGCUUCAACAUUGCUGCUGCAGUAAAGAGAUGCUGGAGUUGUCCAAACUCCUCACUUUGCGAGCUCGUCUCAGCUGCUCAGAGAACAUGGACAGACUCACCUUUGACCUGUCCUGGGCGGCUGUCACUUUGGCUUGCAUGCUAGACGCCGUCCCUGUCCGGGCAGUGCCCGUCAUCCCAACCGCACUGGCCAGGAACCUCAGCGGCCCUGCAGGUGUGACCCAAAACAGCAGGAAACGUGGGUUUCUUACUAUGGAUCAAACCAGGAAGCUUCUCCUCAUACUUGAAUCUGAUCCCAAGGCUUACACUCUCCCGCUAGUAGGAAUAUGGUUGAGUGGUGUUACACACAUUCAUAAUCCCCUGGUGUGGGCAUGGUGUCUGAGGUACCUGCACAGCUCCGCCCUCCAAGACAAAGUGAUGUCAGAGGGAGGCGCUUUCCUGGUGGUUCUGUACUCCCUGACUCACCGGGAUCCAGAGUUUUACCAGUGUAAACCAUGUGUCGGACAGCAGCAAAUGAGCUUUCAGCUGCUCACCAGCACAGAGUCAUUCACGCUUUACAAGAAUGUAGAGCCUUCAGACGGACGCCCUCUACAAUUUGAGCUCAGCGCUGAGAACCAAAAUCAGGAAACUGUGCUGUUUGAGGAAGUGCUCUCCCAGACUGUGUUAACAGGGACAACUCUUGCAGCAGCCUCAGCUGCUCCACAGAAUAAACUGUCUAUCAGUGAUCAUGACUCGGGUGUAGAAGAUGAAGAACUCUCUCCUCGGCCGUCUCCAAACCCUCAUCCUGUCAGUCAGCAGACUAGACGUGUUCAUCCUUCAGUACCAGAACUCUCGAUGGUCAUAGAUGGCAGCUUUUUGGACGGGAGUGUUGUUAAUGCACAAGAUUCGAUUCCUGUUUCUCAUAGCCUUGCGAAUGUCCAGCGGAGAAGCAUUAGCCCUGCCCGCCUGGGCCACUCGGUGUUAAGACCUCCAGAACACACAAGCGUCCCUGGACCUCCUCCAAUUCGAAGACCACUAACUCCCAUCCUCUCUCAGCCAAAAAACAAACUACAUCCUAAUCCGGGACAACAGACACCACAACCCCACCUAAAUCGUAAAUCCCUGCCCUCAAUGAGAAGAUCAAGAGAAGGCUCGUCAACAUCAUCUGCAUCUUCGUCUUCAUCCUCUUCAUCAACAAGGAACACGGCUUCGCCCAAUGGCUCUUUUCAUCAGAGGCAGCGUCCCUCUCCAGGUUUCCCGACCAAACCCCAGCCAAUUCAUUCUGGACCCCCAAUAUCAGCCCACAGUAGUGCCAGAAAGAGUUCAGCCAUGCCUAGCCAGACCCCCAUUCAUCAUCCGUCCCAACACAGGCUCUUCCAUAGCACCCCAGCGGCCAAUCCUUGCAGCUGUUGCACCAACCAACCCAGCCACGUCCCACUGUAUCAAAACAACACCUGGCAAGGGACACCGGCGUAUCCCACUGUGGCACACAACCCUUGUGGUUUUCAUUGUGGCACUGAGAGCGUCCCACUUGGGGAUCACUGCAUCUCACCAUCUCGGCAGUCUUUGGGUUGUCGCAUCUCUCUGACUAAAAGUCCUGUUGUUCCAGUUCACUACUCUCCAUCACAAGGUCCAUGUGUCUCCACAAUCAAAGGUUCUGUUGAGCAAGUCCCAUCCUGUCAAGCUCAGUGCUGCCAGGUAGUCCAGUCUAGCCAGGUAGCAUGCUUGGAGACCCCCAUGGGUCUCCUUCCUGCUGAUGCUUACAAGAUGCUUAUGGAUCAAGAGCGUCAGCUGAAGUUACUUCAACUCCAGAUUCAGAAACUUCUUGAGUCUCAGAGCAAAACACCUCUGGUAUCGUCUGCAGAACAUGAUACUCAGCAGGAAAGAGCUAAUCAGACGCCCACAUUGCCACCGAAACGCACAAGCGUCAGUGUUGCUGUAGGAACAGGAGCUAGCUUGUUUUGGAACGCCCCUCAGGAGGCCUCCACACAUGAGGACCCAAGUCUGCAUUGGCAGACUGAGAUGGAGCCAAAGUCUGGAUGUCAAAAUGACAGUGUAGUCACUUCCAGACUCGGAUCUGAAAAUGCAUGUCGUUACACUGAAGAGCGGAGUCCAGGAUCUCCUCUACAUCCAGCAUCUCCAAAACCCAACAUGUCGUCUGGUUUCGGAGCACAUUCGUUUCAGAGUCCAGUGUUGGGAGAGAGUGCUAGCAUGUAUUAUAACUCUCAGUCACAGAGUUACGAUCUGUCUGAAAACCGAGAAAUGGACAACCCAAGAUUUUACCAAGAACUACUGGGUCAGGUACAAAGUCGUCUGCAAGACUCUGCAGUGGUGGACGAAAAGGUAGAGCGAGAUCCAGAGAGUGUCCCAAACAGACACAGUCUGUCCCCUGUAGGUCAUCAGUCAAAGAAAUCACCAACAUCUUCCAUACCCCAAACUCAAAAAACAAAGCACAGAUCCAGUCCACCAGAACAGGACCGUGUCUUAAGUGCAACAUUAAGACAACUCCAACAGUUCGGGGUGAAUGUAGACUUAGAGUCUGCCCAGGGAAAGACGACACGUGCAACUGUGGAAAGUGCCAGUACUCUUGCGUGCAUUAACCCAGAGGCGGUGAUUCCAAGACUAGCCCUUUCUGAACCAAUGGGCACCAGCAUUUGGGCACCAAGCGGCAGUGUAGACCUUAGCCUUGAGGCUAAUGCCAUUGCACUCAAGUACCUAAGCGACUCGCAACUGUCAAGACUCUCACUAGGCAGUCAACAUCCAGACCCCAGCGCGAUUCUCCUAAAAAGACCCGCUGUGGAAAAAAGCAGCGUUGGACUUAGUAUACUGUCCCCCAGCAACAUGUCUCUAGCAACCUGUAAGUACAUGAAGAAAUACGGACUGAUUGAAGGAGGAAACAGCAGCGAGGAAGAGCAAGAGGACGCAGUCCUGGUAGACUCAGCUCUUGGCUGUUCAGUCCAGCACGAAACGUCCAAGAACGUGAGCGUUAAAGACCAGAGCGAGACGGUUCUUAAAAACAUUAUAAACAAACCAGUCGCAAGUCUCAACGUUGAGUCUCAAGAGCAGAUAAUCAGAGACUUGCGGCCCAAAAUGCAACUGCUUAUGCAAGGCGGGACAAACCCAGAGAAGGAGAACAAUGCUAAGAAAGGUGUGAGUCAACGUAGGUCCUCUCUAACAGAAAACCAGAGGACGCAGGAAGUCACAGAGUCGGAGGGAUCAGUGGGAAAUUUCCUGGAUCUGAGUAGGUUACGCCAGCUCCCCAAGCUCUUCUAAAAUGCCUCACGGGGGUUUUCCAAAGACUCGCCACUAAUUCUCGAAGAUCUGUCUUCCAUUGUUUGUUUACAAAGUAUAAGAUGAUUUAACGUUCCUUGAAAGAUUUUAAGUGUUUUAUCAUCUGUACCUUUUCGUCUCAUCACUUUAAUGUUAUUUCCUUUUUCAUGGAAGUUUUUAAAUGUUUACCCGAUGACUCCUCAUGUGUCAUGUACAUGCUAAGUAUUUGUACUAAGCCUAGUAUGAAGUGACUCGCUUAAAGGCAGAAUUGUUUUCGUUUUACUCAUUUUACUUAUUCAUGGCAUUACUUGACUCUACAAUUUCAGAGGGAGAAGUACUCCUUAAGUUUUUAUCCUGUUGUGUUUUCUAUGUUUUUUUUAAAUGACUUCAUGUAUGUGUUUCAUAAUUA